AUGACUUCGUUGCUUACUCAACCGGCAAAUCCAUUGGCAAAGUCCGAAGUAACAUAUAUUUCACCACCACCACCGCCCAUCCUAUCCGCACCAAAGAAGACAAUAACGAACCCGCUUCAGGAUCAAAAGAAGGCAAAGUAUGCUCAGCUUCUUAACCAACGGGAGGAGGAUCAUUUUUUGCUGCAGCAGAAUGACCUUGAGCGCGAGAAAAGCGCGUGGAACAAUGUCCUGACAUGGCUACUUGCCCUUUUAGCGCUGACGUUGCUUCCGUUUGCCCUUCAUUAUGGGAUUAAGAGCACACAUCCACCAAAUGUUGUCGUUCCAUCUGGAAUGCAGACGCAUUCAAUUAAACACCAGCCUAGGCAUGAAAAUGGCAUUUCUGGCACUGCUGCGGCACCGAUGGCAUCAUCGCCAUCAUCUAGCACGGUAGUAGCACCCCAUAUUUGUGUUUGUACAGUAAGAAGAAUCAACAAAUUAACCAAUGAUGUGCGUACGUCGACGCUCAAAUUCCCCAUUUCGCAUCUGGCUGCACAUAGUACGUGGGAUGAAGAGUGCGAGCGUCUUUGCGCUGAAGAGCGUCCUAAAAUGGUUGAGACGCUUAAUGUGGAUGAAUGGCACGGUAAUGGGCAUAAUACUAAGCCUUCGGAACCUAUGCACGUUUCCAAGUCUCCAAAGCUUCCGGAUGAAAAUCCCAAAGAGUUGGAGCGGGCAAUAGGAGGUCUUUUCGAUGCGCUUUUGAGCGUUGCACCGAUUGAAGACACUCAUUCCCCGCUGAUAGAUGACGCAGCAAUAUUUGACAUGCUCCUAUCUUCCCUGUCUGCGCCAGAGGCAGCUGGAAGUACGUUUGUGAAAAAGCCGAUGCGCGUUUCCCCAGUAUCAAGCCACAUAUCUGAGGAUCUCUUUGGCCCUCUAAUUAAAAAAGAACCGCCCACUAGCCCUGUUGAUGCAGAUAAGGAUAUUAGGAUCCCUUUGUUCAAGGAUGGCGAUCUUUUUCACCCCUCCUCAUCACCGAUGAUGCUCUCCGCAAUGCUGCUAGGAAUGGGAGCUUCGAAUGAGACUGCACACACCCCACUGAUCCUAUCAUAG